AUGUUGCAAGGAGUGAAUGAACGGGAAAACGUUCAAUAUUCGAAUGGAAGUGAACAGAAAGAAGACAGGAGACUAGAAAAUCAGGACGAGUGCAAUUAUUUGAACCAAGUCCGUCAUGUUUUGAAGAAGGGCAUCACUCGCUCUGACAGAACAGGCGUCGGAACAAUCUCUGUGUUCGGAACGCAAGCACGAUACAACUUGAGAAAUUUCACAAUGCCUUUACUGACCACCAAACGUGUAUACUGGAAAGGAGUUGUUGAAGAGCUACUCUGGUUUGUUUCGGGUGCCACAGAUAGCAGAAAGCUGAGCGAGAAAAACGUCAAGGUCUGAGUUUUCCAUCGUCAGUUUCCCAUCCGUCAAAGAUUUUCAGAUUUGGGAUGCCAAUGGUUCACGACAGUUUCUUGAUAAGAACGGCUUCACAACGCGUGAAGAAGGCGAUCUCGGGCCAGUUUAUGGUUUUCAAGUAACAUACCUAUAUAAAAUCUAUUUGUGUGUUUUUUCUUUAAGUGGAGGCAUUUCGGGGCUAAAUAUCGCGAUUGCAAUACUGACUAUACUGGUGAAGGGAUCGACCAACUUUCCGAAGUGAUACGAUUGAUCAGAGAAGAGCCCGACAGUAGGAGAAUCAUCCUCAGUGCUUGGAAUCCUUCAGGUUCAUUCAGUGGGAACUUAACCGCUUAUCAAUUGAUUUAGAUUUGAGUGAGAUGGUCCUACCACCAUGCCAUACGUUGUGUCAGUUCUACGUGAGCGAUGGCGAACUCUCUUGUCAAUUAUAUCAAAGGAGUGGAGAUAUCGUUUGUAAAAAGAAUAUUAUCGGGUAAAUUAAAAGUUCAGGGCCUUGGAGUUCCUUUCAAUAUAGCCAGUUACAGUCUCCUCACCCAUAUGAUCGCUUUCGUUUGUAAUUUAAAGGUGGUCUUUUUUCGAUUUUUCUUGUUGAUGUCCGUUUUUCAGGCGGGCGACUUUGUUCACACUAUGGGAGAUGCUCACGUCUACACGAAUCACGUAGAUGCUCUCAAAAUACAGGUUUAUCUUUCUCUUAAUUUGACGGUUUUUGUUUUUUGAAUGAAUAAAAGCGAGAACUUUUUUUAAGAUGUUGAUUAGUUCGGAUAAAAUUCAGUUAUUUGAUGAUUUUUGCGUGUGAAAGUCUUUUUUGUAAAUGCAAGCUUUCAAAACGAGCUAAACCUUUAACUUUUUUUUUCUUGGGGGCCUUAUGUUCCGGACAGCUUCAAAUUAUCCAAUUUCCGGAAUGUUGCAAAAUGCUUGAAAUUAAAAAAAUUAAAAAGACCACUGUGGGAUAAUCGCGCAGGUUGCUUUGAUACAGGAUGAGUCCAAACGGCGACAAAAAGGUCUUGAAAAUAAAUCUAAAACUCUUUUCUGAGUUCCAAGAAGUUGUUAGAAGUUUCUCGGAAUUUCUUUUUUUUUUCAACUUCUUUCCUCCUUGAAAGGUUUUUUUUCAAAAAAAAAAAAAGAAGGUCUCUUUGAGAUAUUGGGGCUUCUUCCAAAAGUUCUUUUUGAGACCUUUCGAAUUUUGCCCGUGGACUUCGACAGCUAUCUGCAAAUUAGCAAUUUGAAUUUUGACCAAACGUUGCUCUGAAUCUACAUUAUUGUUUACAGAUAUUUUUGUACAUACUGAAAAUAAUUCAAGGUGCGAGGAAAGUCUGUGUAGAAUGCAAAGCACUGAUUUGCAGAUAGCAUGAAACGUUUUUGCAGAAAAUUUGCUAAGGCAGUGAAAACCGCAUGAUUUCGUCAUAGAUAAAAAUUUUUUUUGCCUAGCCGUUUCAAAAAUGAUUCUCCGAACGCCUCUUUUCAUGUGUACAAGUGUAAAAUUUAACUUCUUUUCAGUCCAAAAAGGUCCCUAUCAUUUUACUAUUUUCAAUUCUUUCAGCUGGAGCGCACGCCUUAUCCGUUCCCAUCGAUAAGAUUCUCUCGUCCCGUUGAAUCCAUCGAUGAUUUCACUUCAGAUAUGAUAGUUCUUGAAAACUACAAAUGUCAUGAUCGCAUCGCAAUGGACAUGGCUGUCUAA